AUGGGACGGCCUGGUCACGCUUCCAACAUUGAAACAUUUACCUCGGUCCCCCAUGACCUCUUGGACUUGCUAACAGCCCACCUGCCCUACUCUCUCACGCUCCUCCGCCGACUGCAAUCCGCUGCGUACAAGAACUUGACCAAGUCCGACGCUCGAGUGAUUCUCUCACCCGUGAGAGCGGCUGUCAUGCAUGGAUCGUCGAGGCUACAGCAUUUCUGCGUGGCUUACGCCGAGUUUUCUGCCGGACCCGAGACACAAAUGUUUAUGUAUUCCUCCAUGGAGCCUGAAAGCGCUGAUGUCAAGGACCCGGCGCAUGAAGAGAAUAUCAUGAGUGUUGUUGGCGGCUUAGUUCGUCUACGGAAAGAGUACGAUGGAAGACUAGUGUACGGGCAUGGUUUGUUACUUGGAAGCUUGCACUCCCGAGUUUGCAAGAUUCUCAUCAAGCACAGACGGGUGGAAAUGCGGCCCACGGGGAAUUAUGAAAAAUUUCUGUUUAGGAUGGAGAAUGUCCCGGAGCCUCGGGAGAUUCCAAAGGAAAUGCAUUGGGGAAAGGCUUCCUUGGAAGACUGUGGGCUCGUGGCCUCGAGGGCAGCUGUUCCCAGACUGCCCCAGAGUUUAGUGAAACUCCCGGGCCUGAUGCUUAAGCUUCAGGACGAGACGCCCAUUUGCUGGGCCUUUAUCGAUCUCGACGGCUCGUUGAUCAGUGUACACUGCGAAGAAGGGUAUCGGAGAAGAGGACUUGCAAAGACGUUGGCAGCCAAGCUUCUUCGCCAAGCCGUACAAGCUUAUUCAGACGACAUGUUUGCAGGUUCCGAUUGGUUUUCGGCAGAUGUAUCUCCAGAUAAUCGGCAAAGUCAUGCAUUAUGCCUGAGUCUCAAUGGAACACCGCGCUGGUCAGUCUCGUGGGUCUUUCUAGAUGUGACGGAACCAGUCUAG